UAGAAACACUGUUUUCUUUCCCAUCUCUCAAAGUGAUUUUAUUUCAUUUAAUUAUAGAUUUUUCAGCAAUAAAGUUGAAUUAAUUAUAUAAAUUAGAAAAAGUAUUGUAAUGAACAUUUUAAGCCAAUCAAAGAUCGGUCUUCUUCUAAACUCUCCUGCAAUCUCUGUUCUUCUCUAGUUCUUGCUUUUAACCUCAAAUGUCCCUACAAAUACCAAAUCCACCAAUCACAAUUCGACAGCCUUUAUUCUCUAUUUCUCUAUCUCUUUUCAUUAUAUGCCUUGUUCUUGUCCCAUAGAUCUUGAUCCCACCGGCCAUACCAAUCACUGUUAUUCCUCUUCUCUUCCUCCACAAAAACAAUAACCAAUUUUCUUUUCUUUUCCUUUUCCUUUUUAUAUUGAAAAAUCUUCGAUUUCCAGAAUUUUUCUUGUUUAAUAUCUUUCUGAGAAAUUCCCAUAUUGUUAUAUGUAAGGAUCAAUCCAGUUCUUUGGUUAAUUUUGACUUCUCUGCAAUUUGUCUCUGUUUUUCUUCCUGUUUCUAUUCUUGCGAUCUGUGUAGUUUUCGACCUAGUUUGUGUUGAAUUCUUCAAAUUCACUGCAUUUCCUCAACUGGGUUUCCGAUUUUCUUCAACUUCUAUGUGUUUUAUUUUUUAAUUGUUUUUGAAAUUGGGCUGAUGAAACGAGGAAUUGGGAUUCUGUCUCCGGCAACCUACCUACGAAAUUCCGGCUGCUCCAAAUGGACGCCGGAGGAAAACAAGCGGUUCGAAAAUGCUUUGGCUUUGUUUGAUAGAGAUACGCCGGACCGGUGGGUGAAAGUCGCCGCCAUGAUUCCCGGAAAAACCGUAGGCGAUGUGGUGAAACAGUACAGAGAGUUAGUGGAGGACGUGAGUGAUAUUGAAGCAGGGCUUGUUCCGGUUCCGGGGUAUGGCGUUGGGAAUUCUUUUGUGUUGGAGUGGUCGAAUGAUGGCGGCGAGUUUGCGCCGAUGUAUAUCGGCGCCGGGAAGAGAGGCGGUUCCGUUCGGGCUUCCGAUCAGGAAAGGAAAAAGGGAGUGCCUUGGACUGAGGAAGAACACAGACAAUUCUUGAUGGGGUUGAAGAAGUAUGGUAAAGGGGAUUGGCGAAACAUCUCUCGUAGCUUUGUCAUGACAAGGACUCCAACACAAGUGGCUAGUCACGCUCAAAAAUACUUCAUUAGACAACUCACAGGAGGAAAAGACAAAAGAAGAUCAAGCAUCCACGAUAUCACCACUACCCAUCUUUUCGAUAACCCAAUUCAACCCAACCAUGAUAAAAUCUCCCCACCUUCUUACGUCGAAGUUACAAUGGCUCCGCUUUGUGGGAUCUCUUCACUUCGACCCAAACUACUGCAAGACCAAAUAUUUCUUAGAAGCAAUAACUUUCAUGGCUGCCAAAAUGUUAGUCCUUACAGCCCCAAUGCUUUUCAAGUGCAAAGGGAGCAACAAUAUCAGUGAGCUUUACUAUAUGGUUAGAAUUUGGUAAAUAAAUGAGUGUGAAGUUGGAAUGUGAAUGUGUGGAUUAAUGAAUUAAUUGAACCUCUUUUUUUUUUUUUUGUUGAAUAUAAAGAAGUAUUUAGUUGUGUAAAA